AAAAACUUCACGGUUUAAUAAUUUAGAAGUAUUUACCCAAUACACGACCUACUAAAAGUAUGUAAAUACAACUGUAUAUAAAUAUUCUACCCAGGACGUGAAAGUUGUAAAAUGGGAGUAUUAUCAAUUUUAAACAAACAUGAAAUUUAAACAGUUUGAUAUAAAGUUUGACAAUGCACAGGGUGUGUUCAAUACAGGGACGUCAGUCACCGGCACUGUAUUAUUAAGUCUGGAUCAACCUUUAAAGAUUAAAGCUAUAAGGAUAGUCUUUGUUGGAGCAGCUAAAGCUUACUGGCAACGCAGGAGAGGCAAAACGAACGUUAGCUACCGUGGUGAUGAAAACUACUUUUAUACAACGGUAAAACUCUUUGACCCUGGCUCAGAUAGUGGAAGAGAUCAUCCUGCGGGGAACCAUGCCUACCCAUUUUCUCUUCAGUUAGCAGAUACACUUCCCUCCUCAUUUGAGGGAACCAGAGGUUACGUAAGGUACUCGUGCAAGGCUACGAUUGAGAGACCGCUGGCUUUCGAUUAUAAUGUGAAACGGGCUUUUACUGUGAUACGUCAUUUUGAUCUGAAUAAUUUUCCUUCAGCGCAAAUUCCUGUAUCUGAUCAGGCGACUGGGGAAGUUUACGGCUGUUGCGGCGAGGCAGGUGAAGUGGACAUACAUCUAGACUUAAACAAAACAGGAUUUGUUCCAGGGGAACCAAUUAUGUACACCAUCGCUGUGAACAAUAGAAGUAGUCAGACGGUCAAUGAAACGCAUCUUAUACUGAAUCAGAUGACGACAUAUACAGGAAUAUCAAACGCACUUUUCUCCAAUCAGAAUCCAAAAUUACACCCAAAGACACGGAAGAUCUAUUUAUUGUAUUCACGUGACUGCAACUUCAAACCAAAUUCAUCGAAACAAAUCCAAAAGGCCAUCAUUGUCCCGUCAUUACCACCGACUGGACUGGAUGGAUGUAAUAUUAUAGAUAUCAAAUAUAAUAUAGAACUGAGAGUAAUAUGCACGCAUGUCAUAAGUAUUGUCAAAGAUAUUGUAAUAGGCACGAUACCGUUUCAAGAUUCCAGCAUCAGGUUUACUUCCGGGGCUCAAGCUACACCAACUGCUCCGGUUGUCCCACAGCCGGAGUCAAAAAGCACAGAAGGUCUACCUACAUACGAAGAAGUGUUAACCCCACCGCCAUCGUACGCCGAAUGCAUGUAUGGUCGAACAACUAUCAUGGACAAUACUGACGACAACAAUACAUCUGGGGAUGUUAAUUGGGCGCCUGCAUACCCAUAUUAUAACUGGGCUGCUUUCUCUCCUCAGACAUUUGGUGAUCAACCACCAGACACUGUUAACGCCGAACAGUCUCACGAAGUUGAUAAUGAUAAUGAUUGAAAUUUAUUCAGCAAUCAUGCUUAAAUAACAGUUACGCUAUAUACCAUUAGCAUUGUAAAUAAAUAGCGGCUACUUCAAUACGUAAGGUUGCGCGUUGAAAGUCUGUGUAGUACGCUUGUGUAAGUGAAGAUGCAAAAAAACCAGUUACAGUUGUAUCAUUGUAACUUACUUUUGACAAAUAUUUAAUGCCGAAUAUAAUGCAAAAACUAAAUCAAAGAAAAUUUCGUCACGUGGUUCUUUUAGAUCAAUCAUUGACGUGCUCCAGCCUCUUAACAUAUAAGCUCCCGUAUGGUUCGGGUACCCAUCUCCAUUACUAGAAAUAUAGCUAUAAAACCAGAUUGUCAGAUAAGCUGUACAAUCCGCAUGACUGGACCAGCGUAGCCGAUGCAUAUGUAUAUUAAGAAUCUAGGUUAAUUUAUAUGUUGUAAUCAUAUGUAUAAUGUAUAUAUUAUUUGCCUAAAAAAGGAAAUAACUUAAUGGCUUGAUAGAUUUAUAAUAACAAUAUUUGCUUUGUACGAACGUAGAGCAAAAUGUUCAAAAAGAGCAAAUAAGAUAUACAUGAGCAUUGCAUUAAUUAAGAGAAAAAAACACGUAUUAAUUUGCAAUCAAAUUUAUUUACUCAAUGCCUUAUGGAAAAUGAA